AUGGCUACACCAACAGUCGACUUACCGCCGACUUGUGAAGAGGAGGUUUCCGCGCCCAUACUAGACCAUGCUCAAGGGCUAGCUUCAGCGAUUGGAGUAGCAGCCGUGGCAGCUGUGGCAGUUGGAGACGGCCUCGCAAAUGGACUUGCAUAUGCGACGCCAAAAUCAUAUCAAGGUCACAUGGCGCAACAAGAAGGCGAAAUUUAUCAAAUAGAGCCAAAGUGUGCACGCGAGGCAAAUCAACAAAGGAGCCUAAGAGAAGCGCAGGAGAAGUGGGAUGCUGCAACCAUGGGAACGGCAACAAGGGUCGAAACAGUUAUAGCGGCGGAAGGUGGAGGUGGAGGAGGAGCAGAAGCAGAAGCAGGAGCAGAAGCAGGAGGAGGAGGAGCGCCUGAAGGGGUGUACCUUCCGCCUAGAAAAGGCGCUGAUGCGGCAGGUCAACAGGUCAGAGCUGCUCUUUCCCGCACCCGCCUUGGCCGUUCGAACCCCUCCAUCUCCAGCUCAGGCUCAGGCUCCAGCUCCAGUUCCAGUUCAAGCGCAUCCUCAUACAAUACCACCACCACAAACACCAACAACACAGCUGCUGCUACUGCUCCAAGCAACGCCUUAAACUUCACUCAAACCGGUCGCAUUACAAAACCUCGUCAUCGCGCCUCUCUCUCGGCCCCAAUCGCUGCGUCGCUAGUAACCGCCGCCAUCACAGAAAGUGCCAGAUUAUCUUACGAGGCGAAGCUCACUGCGGCGCUUGCGGCCAAUAUACCUGGCAAGAUGGUCGGCAGUCAUUCGAGCACGACAACUACAGCUCUGCCCUCGCUAAAAGCAAACGGAUUGCCAUCGCUGUCGCCAACUCCCAGAACAAAUGGCUCAACGCCCACCAUAAGCACUCCUUCCAUUGAUAAGGACCAACCCGUCGUUUCUUUCUGGGGUCCUGAGCCCAUCGCACUCCCCUCACGUUUCGCCCGCAUCAAACAGAACCUCAUUCGUGGCCACGAGGCCGAGCUUGAAGCUAGCUGGGCUCGUCUCAUUACCGCGCUACGCAAAGAGGUCAGUCACAUAGAAGAUCUUGGCGCUCAUCUUAUCCCCUCAAUCGAGUUUGGCGAUCUUGAUGACUCUGUUCAAACCGCCCGCUUCGGUCACGAUUUGAGGCGUUACGGCGUGGGAGUUGUUCGCAAGGUUGUCCCCCGGGCAGAUACCGAUACUGCCGUUCAGGAGACCGUCGAUUAUCUAGACAGCAAACGGCACGUAAAAGCGAAGGCCUUGCAACAGCAUGAUCCAGCAUGUUUCGACUUCUUUUGGACACCUGCCCAAGUUCGCUCGAGAGCGCAUCCGAACGUUUUGAGCGCCCAACGCUUUAUGAUGGGCCUAUGGGAGACCAACCCUGACGAUCAACUAGUUACACGACUUCCCAUUACUUACGUCGAUCGUAUACGUGUGCAUGGGAACAGCGAGAAUCAGUCCAAUAAUCUCAACGUUCCGCCCCUUGAACCACCGCAGUCCGCCAACGACUGGAUACAAGCUUUACAAUCAUCCGCAGGCAUUACCGCCCAGGUCGAUAACGGAUCUCUCGAGCGCUGGGAGCCCGACGGUUACCAGCAUGCCGGCACCUAUAAUCACAUCUUCCACGGCAAGUGGGAGGAUUACGAUCCAUGGAAAUGCACCAGCCGAACGUCUGUGACUACUGACCUCUACAAUGGCUAUGGUGCUUGCACUAUCUUCCGCAUGUUCCAAGGAAUCCUGGCACUUUCCACUGUUGAGCCUGGUAUGGUCCGUCUCUUGCCUUCACCCAAGCUUGCGACAGCUUACUACCUGCUCCGUCCAUUCUUCACAACCAAGAAUCCACCACCGGAGAAUCGUACUGGGCCUGAAUGGGAAGCGUAUUUGGCUCCCGAUAAUUGGAAGUUACAAACUGAGCCCGAUUCUAUUAUUCAUGGAGCAGUGCCCGGACAUGCGCAGAGAAUUACCGAAACCUGGCAUCCUCACCUGCAUCUAAGAAACAGCAUGAUCACGCUACCAACUCUGCAGCCUGGCGACUACAUCUUCUGGCACCCAGAUCUCCCUUAUUAUCUUUCUAGCAACAAUUAUGGUCUCAAAACACCCAGCGGUAGCAAGAAUGAGGUGAGCAUGCUGGUAUACAUCCCAGCUGCCCCGCUCACUCAAACAAACGCACUCUAUCUUGCGCGACAGAGAAAGGCAUUCCAACGGGGUCAUCCCGGACCGGAUUUUGACUCGACCGGCAGAGGUAUAGUCGAAGAAGAUGCUGAGACUCGACCUGGCGAAAAGGAAAUCGCCGAAGUAGGAGGGCCAUCCUCAUUACAGGCCAUGGGUCUUGCUCCGUGGGAAGUCGCUGGUACUCGCUCUGGCACACCACCUCCCGACAAGUCCAAGUCAAAGACUGAAGCAGACUCCGAGAUGGAUGUCGAUAUUGAUGUGGAUGCCAAGAGUUCCGCGAGCACAUCAUCAAUCUCUCGAGCUGAGGCGGAGGUUGUGCGUCUAGCCAAUAUCAUCCUAUUCCCCGAAAGGUCGAUGCUGGGAUAUUCUGUGUGA